AAGAAAGGAGCUUGCCUUGUUCGGCUUAGCUAGUGCCGCUGGAGACUUCCCUCCUCGUCUGCUAGCUCCAGCCAAAACGUGACCGCGAGCGUCUUUUUUAUGUUAUUUAUUCGGUUUUUUAACAUGGUGCGCUUUUAGAACAAGAUGUAGCUUACGAGCGAACAUGAAAAUUCGAUGUAAGUCCGUCAGGGUUUUUUUUAUAUAGGUCCUAAAGACGUGGUCUUGUUCUCCGGAUGGAAGUUAUUGUUGUGAAUUGCAAAUCUACUCGGCUAUGGCGAAGUAAUAUUUUAUUAUUUGUCUUUCCUGCGCUCAUCGUCGACAAGAGCUUUGGGAUUUAUUGACAAGUCUGCAUGAAGAGCGUGCUCUAGUUAGGACAACGGAGGAGUGGAUUUCACUACCCACCAAGCGAGCUAACUACGGACCGGGGAUUUAAAUCGUUUUUGCUUGCCGAAAAAGGAGAGAGGAGACGAAGGAAAUUCAUGUGGCAAUUUUCUCUUUAGCGAAAACGACUGGAUAGCAGAAUGAGCAAGGAAAGACCUAAAAGGAAUAUCAUCCAAAAGAAAUACGAUGACAGUGAUGGCAUCCCCUGGUCUGAGGAGCGGGUGGUGCGCAAGGUGCUCUAUCUCUCCCUCAAGGAGUUCAAGAGUGCGCAGAAGAGGCAGCUGGGAGAUGACCUCGCCGACGGAACCAAAAGCAAUGGUUCUGUGAAAGGCGGUAAGGGCUACCGGGAUGACGGCUCCGCCCCACACACAGACGGAGGAGAGGAGGAGGACGGACCCAGCAAGAAAAAGCCGCGUCUGCACGCCCAGAGGAAGUUCGCCCAAUCGCAGCCCAACUCCCCCAACGGCACGCCCAUCAAGAUGGCCGACACCUCCCUGCCAACGCCCUCCUCCGCCCAGAAGAUGGCCGACACCUCCCUGCCCACGCCCUCUUCCUCCUCCUCCUCCUCUUCCUCCUCCUCCUCCCACAUCACUGACCUCUCCCGCCGCAAACCCAAGACCGAGGACUUUCUCACCUUCCUGUGUCUGCGAGGUUACUCCACGAUCCAAAACGAAGGUUCUCCUGCGUUGCCGAGCCACAUAGCGUACUUCGGCAGCUCGCAGGAAGGGGAGGAGCUGGACAGCGAGGAGGAGGAGUGCCAGGUGGAGGAGGUGGAGAACAGCGCGGCGUCCGGAUCCUGCCAGUCAACACCGCGCAAAGGCAAACUGCCCAACAAGCUCAAUGGACACGUCUUUAACGGUCACGGUAAGAGUCAGCGGGAGCGCGACGCCCCGCCCACGCCGCGUGCCACCCGGGGGCGGGACUAUUCGGGCAGCCGAGACAGAGACCGUGCGGAGAGGGCGGAGCAGAGGAGGGACACGAGCGCGGGAGGAGGAGCCACAGUGGUGGCCAAGACCAACGGAACUACCAAUGGAGGAGGCACACACACACACCGCAGAGAAGACCUCAGAGAGCAGGUGUCGAGGCUCAACGGAGUGACUCGUUCCACCCAUGGUGCUACAACGGCUACGCACGCGGCCGCCACCACCGCCAAAAAGGCAACGAGGCAAGACUUCCGGCUGCCGUCCAAGAACGCGGUCAAGUACACGGCCACGGUGACCAAGGGCCACGUCACCUACACCAAAGCCAAGCGGGACCUGGCCAAGCGAACCAAACUCAACCACCGCAAACACUCCCUGUCCUCGUCCUCCUCCACUUCCUCAUCCUCCUCAUCAUCAUCGUUGUCAUCCGCCUCUUCUUCUUCCUCCUCCUCGUCCCCACCCUCCUCCACCACCACUACCGCUGCUGCCCUGCGCCUGCAGUCGAACAAUCAGACCUCCACCAAUGGACACCACCAGCCUCCGCCCCUCCACAGCCUCUCAGGGAAAGCCCAAAGUAGCAAUGCAAAAACACGCAAACAAGUGCUCAACAACAUGUCCAACGGGCCGCUGUCGUCGUCCUCGCAGUGCCAUGUGAGACUCAACGGCAGACUGAACGGCCAGCUGGCGUCCUCCUCCAAGGAGAAGGAGAAGGAGGAGAAGGAGAAGGAGGAGAGGAGCGUCGUCGGGGGGCGUGAGGGACUGCGGCACUCUAAGAGGCGCCUGGAGGCGUGCGGUGGCCUUCCUCCCUCGCCGAGGACGAUGACGGAACGUGACGUCAAACCUUCGCCACCCGCCGCGGCGACCGUCACCGAGACUGCCACGGUGGCGACCAGAACCUCGUCGUCGUCGUCAUCUUCGGGAAAGGCUCGGGAGGAUGUGACAUCAUCACAGGCGCAGCAGCAGGCCGAGGCCAAGAGACUCAAGCUCCAGCCCGGAGGCCCCCUGGAGACGCGCAGCACGCGGAAAACCCUCUCCGUCGUCAUGACGAUGCUCCCCGACGACCAGGCGGCCGCCGCGGCAGCGGGCGCCACGGCAACCGCCACCCCGGUCACGCCCCAGCAGCCCGUCUCUCCUCCCCAGCCCGCGCCCCCUCCUCCCCCCGACACCGUCAACCCCACCGCCCCCACCCCGGCCGCACAGCCCCCCGCCCAGACGCAGCCAGAGCGACAGCGCCCCAAGCGGGCAUCGGCCGGCAAGCUGAUGCUGAUGCGCCAGGCCCAGCAGCGGGCACAGCAGCUGGCAUCUACCCACCACCACCAUCACCACCACCACAACAACCACCACCACCACCACCACCACCCUAGCAACCGCUCUACCUCCAUGCUAGCCAGCGAGACCCGCAGCGGCUCCUCCUCCACCAACGACUCGUCUCGGACGGCUGACAGAGAGCGGGAACGGGAGAGGGAACGCGAGCGCGAGAGGGAGAGGGAACGAGAGAGGGAGAGGGAGAGGGAGAGGACGCGUGCGGGCCUGGCGGCGUUGCCCGAGGCUGCCGUGCUGCGUCCCAGCUCGCGGGAGUUCCAGGACCCGCUGGCGUAUCUGGACGCGGUGCGGGAGCGGGCCGAGGUGUCGGGGCUGUGCCGCGUGGUGCCGCCGCCCGACUGGAGGCCCGAGUGCAAGCUCAACGACGAUAUGCGCUUCGUCACGCAGGUGCAGCGUGUCCACAAGCUGGGUCGGCGCUGGGGGCCUACGGAGCAGAGGCUGGCCUGCAUCAAGACACACCUCCGAUCUCAGGGCAUCCACAUGGAUGAGCCGCCCAUCAUAGGCGGUUGUGAGGUGGACCUGGUGCGCUUCGUCCAGCUGAUUAAUGACAUGGGGGGCAUGCAGCAGGUGAUGGACCUGAAGAAGUGGAGUCGCCUGGCAGACCUGCUGCGCAUCCCGCGCUCCGCACAGGACCGACUCGCCAAGCUGCAGGAGGCCUACCUGCAGUACCUGCUGUCGUAUGAUGCGCUGAGUGUGGAGGAGCACGGGCGUCUGGAGCGCGACGUUCUGGAGGAGAAGGCGAGGCUGGAGCGGCGCAGAGGGCCCCUGGAGGGCCAGGUGGACGCCAACACAGCCGCCACACAGCUGCCUGCACACCUGCACAGAUAUGAGCCCAAGAAUGGCCAUGUGCCCUCCAAUGGCACCACCACCACCACCACCACCACCACCACGGUGCCUAGGAACGGUUUCCGUAGGAACGGCGGCGGAAACAUCACCGCGUGCAACGGUGUGGUCUCUAAGGAAACGACAGAGGCGUCGUCACCAGUGAAGGUCGGCCGCAGAAGACUGUUCGCUCAGGACAAGAGAGGAACGCAUGAGCAGGAUGGAGAGAGUGAAGAGAAGGAGAAGGAGAAAGAGGAGGAGGAGGAGGAGGAGGAAGAGGAGGGGAAGAGGAGUAUCCUCAGUGAACAGCACAAGUGUGUGUACAAGGGGAAAUCCGUGUCGCUGACCACCUUCUACAGAAUCGCCCGGAACACCAUCAACAUGUGCUUCAGCAAGGAGCCCUCCGCAAGCGAUGUUGAGCAAGAGUAUUGGCGUGUGGUGGAGCAGAGGGACUGCCACGUUGCAGUGCAUCAUGGGAGAGUGGACUCCAGCACCCACGGCAGCGGCUUCCCCACCGCCAAGUCAGAGCCAUUCUCCAAGCAUGGAUGGAACCUCACAGUCCUUCCGAAUAACUCUGGUUCCAUCCUGCGCCACCUAGGGGCUGUACCCGGGGUGACUAUUCCGUGGCUGAACAUCGGCAUGGUCUUUUCUACCUCCUGUUGGUCUAGAGACCAAAACCGCCUUCCAUACAUUGAUUACCUACACACUGGUGCUGACUGCAUUUGGUAUUGUGUUCCUGCUGAGGAGAAGGCCAAGCUGGAUAAGGUGGUGCAUACACUGCUACAGGCCAACGGCACCCCCGGACUGGAGAUGCUGGAGAGGAACAUUAUGAUCUCUCCCGAGGUGCUGUCCCGGGAGGGUAUCCGCGUGCACCGCACGGUACAGAAGAGCGGCCAGUUCGUGGUCUGCUUCCCCGGCACCUUCGUCUCCAAGGUCUGCUGCGGAUACAGCGUCUCCGAGACCGUGCACUUCGCCACGCCGCAGUGGAUGAACCUGGGAUACCAGAUCGCCAAGGAUCUGAAAUGUCGGCGCGUCGCCAAGCCGUUCUCCAUGGAGAAGCUGCUGUACCAGGUGGCCACGGCGGAGGCCAAACGGGAGAACGGAGUGCUGCUCACCACCAUCUCAUCCCUUCUCAAAGACCUCAGGAACAUAGAGAUUAGGCAGCGUCAGGACCUGUACAAGGCCGGCCUCCUCUCCUCGGCACGCUACGGAACGCCCGACAACAACCAGUCGCCUAGCGACGGACGCAAGAAGCCGCGCAAGUGGCUGGCCCUGGAGUCGUCCGAGAGACGAUGCCAAACCUGCCAACACCUCUGCUACCUGUCCAUGGUGGUCCAGGAGAAUGAGAACGUUGUCUUCUGUCUGGAGUGUGCCCUGUCCUACGUGGAGAAGCACAAGUCCUGCCGUGGCCUCAAGAUGAUGUACCGCUACGAUGAGGAGCAGAUCAAUAGCCUGGUGAGUCAGGUGUGUGGCAAGGUGAUGCUGAAGGCUGCCGUUGACAACUGCACCAACGCCACCACCAAUGGCACCACCACUAGCAGCAGCAGCAGCAGCCCCCCGGGCUCGGGCACUAAAGCGGGCACCACCAAGCGGGGUCCUCGCAAGCGCUCCACCCUGGAGGUGUCUCUGUCGCGCCUGCCCCCCUCCAGCAUCCACUCCUCGGCUUCUUCCACUGCCACCACACAACUGGUUACCAAGGGCAACGUCAACAACAACUCCUCCUCCUCGCACCUGCCCAAAAGCACCGCCCUCGUCUCCUGAGAGGGAGGGGCCGCCUUUUUCAUUUAAAGACACAAGAGAGACAAUUCUCUAAUGUUACUCUGAAAUCCAAAUGUCCCUUUUUUUUAAAAACAGAAUCUGUUUUUCAAGGUUAAUGAUCCCCAUUCUUUCUCACACACACGCACGCACGCACGCACGCACGCACGUACGUACGCACGCACGCACGUACGUACGCACGAACGCACACACACACACACACACACACACACGCACACACACUUCUCCCUCCCUUGAUAGUAGGGCAUAGUCUUGCUGAUUAUUCUUGUGUGAUUUCUUUCUCUUCCUCGUCUGGAAAUAGCAAGCUGCCUAUUCUUUGCACUAGUGUGAAAGAUGUUUUUGGAUAGUUUCUUCGUUUUUGUUUUUGUUUCCCAAAGAUGCUUGAUUUUAGAUGACGACGAUGAUGAUAAUGAUGAUUUUAGCAUUAAGUGUCCUGGUGGUCACAGUUCUACAACCCCCCCUCUUCAACCUCACCCCCCCCCACCCCUCGUCUCGUCCCAUAGACUGCAGAACAACACACUCAUCCAUUUAUGGCUGUGACCCACAACGACACAUGGAAAAAAAAGGUGCUCUCCAUUUCUACUCUUCCUCUUCUUUCUCUUCCUCCAGUGUGCUGUCACUUGACUCGCAUGAAAUCAUGGACUCGUUCACUUUUAUUUGUCCUUUAUUUUUGCUUUUUUAAACAAUGUUCUCUUUAAAUGGACUGUUGUGACUUUUAAACUCGGUGGUUUCCCUCGUGUCGUGUGCUGCGGAGAACCUUCCCAUAGCUGGCGGGCGUGGCGUGAGGGAGGAAUAUUGGGGAAAGGAAAGAAGGGAUAUCGCCCCCCAGCUAAGAUGAAACUUGAAAGGCUUUUUGGGGGAAGUGAGGAAGGAUGGUGCUUUCUGGGGUUUUUAAUUCUUUUUUUUGCAUAUUUUAAUUUUUUUGUGCUCUAUUGUUUUUGUAUUGUUGUUGUGUCCUUUGGCACAAGAUAGGGUGAUGGCGAACGAGUGAUGGCGAUUUCCAUGGCCGCUGGUUGCCAUGGUAACCGAGAGGGAAUGGUCGGACAAAAAGGAGGGGAAUGUUUUUUUUGUUUUUUUCCACAUAAAACUGUGCCUGAUAUUUUAAAGAGGUGACAUGAGACUCCUCAGGGGAGUUAGUUAGGGGGUUUAGUCUAUUCUGUUCUGAUGGUGCUGAUGGUUACUUACUGUAAAAAAAAAAUCAAUUCAAGAGAUGAACCGAAUAAACAACAACAAAGAGAGAGGAGUAGCCUUAAAGGGACACUGUGUGAGAUUUUCAGUUGCUUAUUUCCAGAAUUCAUGCUGCCCAUUCACUAAUGUUACCUUUUUCAUGAAUACUUACCACCACCAUCAAAUUCAAAGUGUUCAUUAUGACUGGAAAAAUUGCACUUUUCAUACAUGAAAAGGGGGAUCUUCUCCAUGGUCCGCCAUUUUGAAUUUCCAAAAAUAGCCAUUUUUUGCUGCAAAAAUUACUGUACUUGGACCAUACUAGAAAAUAUUUGUUUAUUAUUCAGUAAACUUUCAUGUAAAGAUCAAAUUUGGCGAUAGCCAACCCAGUUUCAAUGAGCAGCAUAGUUGCAGUACCUUUAUUGACCAUUUCCUGCACAGUGUCCCUUAACCGAGAAGGCCAGCGCUCCCAUCUUUAGAUGUGCAAUCAUGGUGACAUUCCAUAAUCCAAGACCUUUUUUUCUUUUUGUUUCUUUCUUGACUGCUUCAUUUAACAGCAGUUUUUAUGAUUAUAUAUUGUUGAUGCCAUUGUGAUUUACUAUAUUUUUUGUUUGUUUGUUUUUUGACUUUAAACAAAAAAAAAUGUUUGUUUUUCUUUUGUUGUUGUUGUUCUGAUAUACUAUCUCGAGUAGAGCCACUAGUCGAAAUGUGACAUGACAGGCCAGGAUUAUAUCUUGUUUUUGGGUUUUUUUCCUUGAAAUCUCACGGCUUCUCAUGUCUUUGCCCUCGUUUGUUGAUUCUCUUUGUCCCUUCUUUAUCGGGAGGGAGUGCAGCCUGAGGGCGUCUCAAAAGGAAGGAAGGAAGGAAGAAAGAUUGAGAAAAAAGAAAGAUAGGAAGAAAAGAACGAAAUGAAGAAACAAAGAAUGAAAGAAAGUGAAAGGGAGAAGUGGGAAGAAAGAAGUGGGCUUUUGUACAUAUUUCUGUAAAUGUCUUUUUAAAUACUUGAGCCUUUUUGUGGGGGUGUGGUGGCAGGGCUUUGGGGGAUGAGAGGCGAGCGUGUGCUGAGUUAGGGUAUCGUACAGGGUUGGGAGGUUUGGAUAGCAGGGGGUGGAGAGAGAGAUCGAGACAGAAUGAGAGAGAGAGAGAGAGAGA